AGUUUCUUCUUCUGUGAGCCGGAGAAUGCUGAGCACAGGUCGUAGCUUCCUGCCCCGCCCCCGACCCCUCCCCCUCCUGUUGCUAACAGGCGGUGGUUACCUCGGUUACGAACACUACAGGAGGCGGGGCCCACGGAAGGAUGGAGCCCCCCCCCCUCCGGCCACGCCCACACAGGCUGCAGGUGCCUCGUUUGGCUCUCCGGCGCCGUCUGAGCGUGCUCAGAGGCGGCGUGUCUCGGCCCACGCCAUGGCGCCGUCGGCCACUCGCCUUCCUCUGCUACGUGUUGUCCCUCAGCGCUCUGCGGCCCUGGGCCAAACGGGUGGCGCUGUACCGCUCCUUCCCAACGCGCCUCCUCUCUCGGACCUGGGGCCGUCUGAACGGCGUGGAGCUGCCCACCUGGCUCCGAAAGCCCGUCUUCUCCCUUUACAUCUGGACCUUCGGAGUCAACAUGCAGGAGGCAGCGGUGGAGGAUCUCCAUCACUACAGGAAUCUGGGGGAAUUCUUUCGCCGGCGUCUGAAGCCUGCGGUGCGCCCGCUCUGCGCCUCCUCCUGUCUGAUCUCUCCGGCCGACGGGAAGAUCCUCCACUUUGGGCGGGUAAAGAACUCGGAGGUGGAGCAGGUGAAGGGGGUCACCUACAGUCUGGAGCACUUCCUAGGUCCACAGAAGGGGCGGGGCAACGACCCGUCUUCCUUCCGGGACAGUCUCCUAUCGUCUCCAGACCAUGACCUGUUCCAUGUCGUGGUGUAUUUGGCUCCAGGAGAUUAUCACUGCUUCCACUCACCCACGGACUGGAAGGUGGAGCUCCGACGCCACUUCCCAGGCUCCCUGAUGUCAGUGAACCCUGGUGUAGCGCGGCUGGUUAAAGAGCUCUUCUGUCUUAACGAGCGCGUUGCUCUCACCGGCCAAUGGCAGCACGGCUUCUUCUCGCUGACGGCCGUCGGCGCCACCAACGUUGGAUCCAUCAGAGUCUACUUCGACCAGGAGCUCCAGACCAACGCUCCUCGCUACAGCAAAGGCUCCUUCCACGACUACAGCUACGUUGCCGUGGACGACCAGGUGUUGCAGGUGGCAGGUGUUGGGGGCGGGGCCUCGGUGCAGGGAGGGGGCGUGGUCUUACAGAAGGGGGAGGCGGUGGGCGAGUUCAACCUGGGCUCCACCAUCGUCCUGCUGUUUGAGGCUCCCAAGGACUUCAGCUUCAAGCUGCAGCCGGGACAGCCAAUCAGAGUGGGCGAGGGGCUCGGCAGCGUGUGAUUGGCCGGGCGAAGGGCCAGGCAGCCUCUGAUUGGCCGACAAAGACAGAUUUUUAAAGUUUGUGCCAUUGUGGGUAACUUUCUCUGUAACAAAGCUGCUGUGGAGGACAGGAAGUGGACUCAAACUCCCAGAAUGCCUUGUGCCUCAUGAAGGGGAAAUGCCAAACCUUUCUUUCUUUUUUGUGUCGCUCGUCCAGAAACUGAACUAACAA